UGUUGGAGUAUGGAGGACUCGUGCGGAUGAUUCGAAACAAGGAGAAUGAGGGACUAAUCGCAGCGAGGACGAGGGGAGCGAAGGCUGCCUUGGGGGAGGUCGUCAUCUUCCUGGAUGCUCACUGCGAAGUCAACACAAACUGGCUGCCACCUCUUCUUUCGGUAAUAAAGGAGAACAGGUAUAAUCGAGAAUGACAUUCAGUCGGGCGAUUGCUGUGCCUGUCAUCGAUGGGAUUGACUGGGCCACGUUCGAGUAUUCUUCUGUCUACUCCUCCCGUGACAAUCCCGUGGGCAUAUUUGAGUGGGGAUUCUUCUACAAGGAGGCCAAUCUGCCCCUCCAGAAAGGAAAACUGUCAAGCGAGCCAUACCAUUCUCCCACCCAUGCAGGGGGGUUGUUGGCAAUUGAUCGACACUUCUUUAAAGAAUUGGGGUACUAUGACCAGGGACUGCUUGUCUGGGGAGGAGAGCAAUACGAACUGUCCUUCAAAGUGUGGAUGUGUCAUGGGGCUGUGUUGUGGGUUCCCUGUUCCCGCAUUGGUCACGUUUACCGCGGUCCUGGACGAUCCACGGCGAGUAGCAAAUACACUUCUCAAGUCCCUUUGUCUGACCUGAAUCACAAACGUGUGGUCGACACCUGGUUUGAUGAGGAGCACAGGAAAUACUUUUAUCGACGACAUCCCGAAUUGGAUGGGUUCAGUGUGGAUGUGAGGGACCAGAUUGCAUUGAAGAAUCGACUGCAGUGCAAAUCCUUCUCCUGGUUUAUGAAAGACGUGGCCCCUUUCUUACUGGACAGCUACCCGUACCCUCAUGAGAACAUCCAUUUCGGAAAUGUGUGCACGUAGUCUGACUCCUCAGAUUCGGUUGGUGGACUCGACAUUGUGUCUCACUUCGGGCAAUGAGGAUGUCAACAGUCGUGCUAGUCUCGCCCGCUGU